AAAAAGCGCUGGCUAGCAGGUUGUGAAGAAGCUAACGCAGUCUUCUGCUACUACUGCCUACUCUUCCACCCUGACACCCUGACGAAAGACAGCACUGUUUGGAUAUCGACUGGUGUGACAGAUAUGCACCAUCUGUCUGAGAAAAUCAAGAAGCAUGAGAUGUCAAAGAUCCACAUGGAUAGCAGUUUGAGAUUUGCGACUAUUGGGAGGGUGAACAUUGCCACUCAACUUGACGAGGGAUACCGGCUAGCUGUUCGUCGCCACAACGAUGAGGUGAGCAAGAACCGACACAUCCUCAACCGGCUCAUCCAAUGUGUGAAGUUUUGCGUUCGAAUUGGCUUUGCGAGGCAAGGAUGAGACGGAGGGCUCCACAAACCCAGGUAUUUUUCUUAAAUUUGGUGGACUUCGUGGCAAAGUCGGAUGACGUUUUCGAUGAACACCUGAAAAAUGCCACGGUGUUCAAGGGCACAUCCAAGACGGUGCAAAACAAGCUUUUGGAAUGUAUGCUAGCGGUCGCACGGGAAAGGAUUGUGGAGGAGGUCAAAUCAGCUCGCUAUCUGGCCAUCCAAGCUGAUGAAACUACGGACGUCUCCACGCAAACACAGCUGGUGAUUUUGCUUAGAUACAUUGAUGACAACCAGGCAGUGCAGGAAAGUUUUUUUGAGUUUAUUCCCAUCUCGGAUUCAACGUCAGUUUCAAUUGCUAGUGUGCUUUUGGAGAGACUGAACCAGCUUCUGGCUGGUUCAGUAAAACUCGUUGCACAAGCUUACGAUGGUGCGAGUGUGAUGAGGGGAGAGAAGGCUGGUGUGCAGCAAAAGGUGCGUGAACAAUUUAAGAAUGCCCAUUAUGUGCAUUGCUAUGCACAUCAGCUUAAUUUGAUCAUGCAGCAAGCUACCUCCCGCAUCAAGAAAGUCAACGUUUUUUUUUCCGAUCUGAGCGGUAUUGCGUCAUUCUUUUCCCGGUCACCGAAACGGUGCAGCCGAGCGUUCCGGACAAGAUUGUUUCACGAAGACUGCCCAGAGCUUCAUCUACAAGGUGGAAUUUUAACAGCAGGAUCGUCAACACUGUGUUCGAGAACCGAGAUGACCUCCUUGAAUGUUUUGAAGCCAUCAAGACGGGUUCACAUGGUCCAUUUGACCAGCUCAGCGUGAGAGAGGCAUCUGGCUACGUGAGGAUGCUACAGGACGAAGACUUCAUUUUUUUCCUGUGUUUUUUUCACAACAUCAUGCCCCACGUCGACAUGCUGUACCAGAAGCUCCAGAAGAAGGACAUUGAUGCCGUCUUCAUCAAAAGGGCCCUCGAGAGCUUCACAAGCAGUGUGCAGACCAUUAGAGACUCUGACCAGCUGCAAGAGCCAUCAGGAACCGACAGACACAGGACGGCUUUGACAGAAGAGGCGAAGCAGAGACUGUCUGAAGAGGUCUGCGACACCAUCCUCGCUCAGACCAAAGCGAGGUUCUCUUUCACUGGCCAGCUUGUGAGUGCUACCUUAAUACAAGGAAAUAUGUUUGACAGGUACUGCGAUUCAUUUCCUGCUGAUGCUUUGAAUGCCACUGUGAAGGCAUAUCCAACGCUGAACAAGGCAAAGCUCCAGACGGAACUGUCUCUAAUCUAUGAGAAUCCUGAAUUCAAGGCCUGCUGUGGUGCACUGGCACUGUACCAGGUCAUCAUGAGCUACAACCUCCAGGAUACAUUCUCUGAGACUGUGAAUUUGUUGAACAUUCUCAUAACUAGAGCUGAAGCUGAGAGAUGUUUCUCAACCUUGAAAAGAAUCAAGACAUUCCUGCGAAAUUCAAUGGACCAGGAACGUCUGAAUGCACUGGCCAUGCUCUCCAUGGAGAGGGAACUAGUCCUCAACAUGCGUGAUUUCAAUGAGAAAGUCACUGACCGCUUUGCUGCACUGAAAGAGAGACAAGCAAAGUUUCAGUACAAGUAAUGUAGUCUCUCUCUCGCUCACUUAACUUUUCCCUUAUCAGAUAAAGAUUAUUGGUGGCCAAGUGCCUCACUUUAGCGUCCUUCACCCAUCCAGCCACAGCAUAUUGGUAGGCAUCAGUGCUUUUGAACGCUUUCAAGAUAUCUCCACUGUAUGGGUAGGGGUUGUGGACUAAAUAAAUAUAUAUGCCAUGAAGAUUGAUUUAAGGCAAGCAUACUAAUGGACAAAAAAAACAACUAGUGAUAACAAAUAAGGAUCGGAGCCUUAAAUCGAUAACAUCUCUGUCUCUCUCUAACAUUCAGAUGAGCGGUGUGGGCGGCCAUACUUGGCGAGAUCGGUCGUGCAAAUGGCGGCGUUCCGGAAAACGUGACGUAGAUGAACCGUAUGAAUUGCGAGCGAGUAUUUACUUCCUGGUUACAGGUUGUGCGAUAGCACAUAUCUCAUGCGAUCUUAAAGAGAACAUGACGUGAACAGUUUAGGAAUGCAUAUUCCGGGAAAACAUUAGAACUCUGAAAUGCUGACUAAAU